CAUCGGUUAAGCAGCGAUUGCUGGGUUUUCAUCCAGCGGAUGUUGUGUGGGGAGGGGGUGUUUUUUUCUUUUUAUUACCUUCACCCCCCUCUUCUCUUACAAUGAACUCUAUGCGUUCUCUUGUUCGUCAAGCUGCAGUUGCACGCAACGUCUUUGCCAAGCGUACCUUGUACACUUCUCCUGUUGCUCGCUCUGAUGCUAUUUUUCACCGUGACACACCUGAAAACAACCCCAACAUUCCUUUUGAAUUUGAUGCUGAGAACAAGAAGCGCAUUAGCGAAAUUUUGAAAAAGUACCCUGAACAGUACAAAAAGGCUGCCAUCAUGCCUCUUUUAGAUCUUGGUCAAAGACAACAUGGCUUCACUUCUAUCUCUGUUAUGAACGAAGUUGCUCGUCUCUUGGAAGUGCCUCCUAUGCGUGUUUAUGAAGUAGCUACUUUCUACACCAUGUACAACCGUCAACCAGUAGGCAAACAUUUCCUUCAACUCUGCACAACAACUCCUUGUCAAUUGGGUGGUUGUGGCUCUACAAAGAUCUUGGAUACCAUCAAGGAAAAUCUCGGUAUUGAGGUUGGUGAGACUACCAAGGAUGGCAAAUUCACUUUGGUCGAAGUUGAAUGUGCUGGUGCAUGUGUGAAUGCUCCUGUCAUGGCUGUGAAUGAUGAUUACUACGAAGACUUGACACCAGAAACAACUGUCAAACUUUUGGAAAACUUGAAGGCCGGUAAGCCUGUCACACCUGGUCCUCAAAGUGGUCGUCAUACUUGUGAAUAUGCUCCUGGUGUCUAUACUUCAUUGAAUUCUGAACCUUAUGGUCCUGGUUUCAAAGUUCGUGAUGAUUUGUAAAAGCAUAGAAACAAAAGGAUUAAAGAAAAUGUAUAUAUAAUACAUGCGUGUGUCUCUUUUUUUUUUGUA